AAUAAAUUUGUUGUAUCAGUAAAUAAAAUCUAAAAAUAAUCACUCAAUAAAUAUAUAAAACUAUAACAAUAAUAAAAUGAGUGGACUUAAUAAUAGUGGUAGUGGUUUUUCACCAUCCUCAUCACCAGGUAACAGUAGCAAUGCCAACGUAAAACCAAAAAGUACAUCAGCACCAAAAAAUGUAGAAUUAGGUGUUUUUGGAAGAACUAUGGGUGUAGCUAAAAUUUCAAUGCUUCAAAAAAUGGGCAAGGUCGAAACUACACAAUCAAAUCCACAACUUGUUAUUGAUAAUAUGAAAGUUAAGGUAUUAAAAGUACUUUAUGAUGAAACCAUUAGAUUAUCUAAAAAAAUGGUUUCAAAAUCACAAAAAUAUAUUCAAUCAUCGACACCAUUCCAAGAAUCAUUACAAGAUCUUGCCAACUAUUAUACAAACGAAAAUUCUACUGGUAGAUCAAUCGAAAAUAUUUUAAAAAUUCAUGCUGAAGUCGCAUCCUAUAGAGAAAAACAACAAACCUCUAUUACCAAUAGAUUUGUGUUACCAGCCGAUAACUUUUUAAAUAAUGUUUUGGUUCCAGCAAGAAAAGCAAAAGAUAAAUUUAGAGAAUCUAGAUUAGAAUAUGAUUCAGCAUUAGGUAAAUUAAAAAUGGUACAGCAACAAACAAAUAUUGAUUUAAAACAACUUUAUAUUGCACAAUCACAAUUUGCAACCUAUAAAUUAAGAUUCAUUCACAGACAAUAUGAAGCACAAUGUAAAUUAUCCGAUACAGUUCAAAGACAUGGUUUCGAAUAUUUAGUUCAAUCAAUAAAUUUAUUAGCAACUUUACAUGAUCUUUAUUCAAAUACUUGCACUCAUUUAAAUGAAAAUGAACAAUUAAUUCAAGAGAUGAGAGAUUACUCUGCAAGCCAAAAGAGACUUUUCCAAGAGCAAAAACAAGAUCAACAAUUAAAACUUUAUGAAAUCUCAAGAGAAAAAGAAGAGAAUAAAUAUAAUGAAUUGGUUCAAAUUUUCUCAUCACCAGAUUUAGCUGUAGUAAAUGCAAUUUGUUUAUCAGCAGGUAGUGACCAAGAGGCAAUUUUAGAAGAUUUAGUUAGAAUUCUCGAUGCUCAUAAACAAACAUUACCAAUUAUUAAACUUGGUAUUACAAAAGAAGUUCAAUCGACAUCAUCAGCUUCAACAUUAUUCAGAGGUAAUAGUACUGCAACUAAAUUGAUGACAGCUUUCACCAGAAUGACAGGUAGACCAUAUUUAGUAUCAACAUUAAAACCAGUUGUAGAUAAACUCUUAAAAGAUCCAUCAGGCUAUGAAUUAGAUCCAGAAAAAACAGCAAACACUGAAGGAAAUGUUCAAAGAUUAGCUCAAAUCUGCCAAGAAUUCCUCGAAUCUAUUUACAACUCUAUCGAUCAAUGUCCAUUACCAUUCAGAGAAAUGGCAAAUCAUCUUCAAAAUGAAGUUGUAAAGAUUUUCCCAGAAAGCAAGCAUACCUCUGUUGGUGGUUUCAUUUUCCUUCGUUUCUUCUGUCCAUGUAUUUUAUCACCAGAUACCUGUGGUGUAUCUGACUCUGCAUCACUUACUAUGGAAGCCAGAAGAGCCCUUAUUUUAGUAUCAAAAACCCUUCAAAAUGUAGCCAAUGGUGUAGUCUUUGGUUCAAAAGAAACAUAUAUGAAGGAUAUGAAUUCAUUCUUAGAAAAUAACAUGGAUAGUUGCAAAGUAUUCCUCGAUAAAAUUUCAGAAAUGCCAGCAAACUCUGAUUAUCAACCAUUAUCCUCAAUUUCCGAAGUUAAAAAUAAUCAAUUACCUUCAAUUCAUAAACUAUUAAUUAAAAAUUUAGAAAAAAUUUUCAAAACCUUAAAUCAAUACCAACAACAAUCUGUCACUUUUUCAUUAGUUAGUGCACUUGGUAAACUUGGCGAUACCAUACAAACCGAAUAA